CUCAGCAUAAGCAUAGGCAAGCUUACAAUCAAGAAAUAUAUAUAUAUGUGGUGUAACUAGACAAAAUCAUAACUCUUCUUCCAAAAGCUUUCACCAUGGCUGAAGCUAUUCUCUUCAACCUUACUGCAGACAUCAUAUUCAAACUGGGUUCUUCAGCACUCCGACAGUUUGGAUCUCUACGGGGCGGUGUCAAGGAUGAUUUUGACAAACUCUGGCACUCUCUUUCUGCCAUUCAAGCUGUUCUUCACGACGCGGAGGAGAAGCAGUUCAAGGACCAUGCGGUCGAAGUUUGGGUUUCAAGGCUUAAGGAUGUUUUGUACGAGAUUGAUGACUUGAUCGACGAGUUCUCUUACCAAAUCUUGAGAAGGCAAGUUCUGCAAAGUAACAGAAAACAAGUACGUACCCUCUUCUCCAAAUUUAUAACUAAUUGGAAAAUAGGCCACAAAAUCAAGGAAAUCAGUCAGAGGCUACAAAAUAUUAAUGAAGAUAAAAUUCAAUUUAGCUUUUGUAAGCAUGUGAUAGAGAGAAGAGAUGAUGAUGAUGAAGGGUUGAGAAAGAGACGGGAGACUCACUCUUUUAUACUUGAAGAUGAAGUGAUUGGUAGGAAUGAUGACAAGGAAGCAGUCAUAGAUCUUCUGCUAAAUUCCAACACCAAAGAGGAUAUUGCAAUUGUUUCCAUUGUUGGAAUGCCAGGAUUUGGAAAAACUGCCCUUGCCCAAUUUAUUUAUAACCAUAAGAGGAUAAUGACUCAAUUUCAGUUGAAAAUAUGGGUGUGUGUUUCUGACGAAUUUGAUCUGAAAAUUACUAUCCAAAAGAUAAUAGAGUCUGCAACCGGGAAGAAGCCUAAAUCAUUACUUCAAAUGGAUCCAUUACAAUGUGAGCUUAGAAAGCAAAUUGAUGGAAAGAAAUAUUUGAUCGUCAUGGAUGAUGUGUGGAAUGAGAAAAAAGAGAAAUGGUUACAUCUGAAAAGAUUGUUGAUGGGCGGUGCAAAGGGUAGUAGGAUUUUGAUCACAACACGCAGUGAACAAGUUGCAAAAACUUUUGACUCUACUUUCGUUCAUCUAUUACAAAUUUUGGAUGCAUCCAAUUCUUGGUUAUUGUUUCAAAAGAUGAUUGGUUUAGAAGAACAUUCAAAUAAUCAAGAGAUCGAGCUUGAUCAAAAGAAUUCAAAUUUGAUCCAAAUCGGCAUGGAGAUUGUGUCAACGUUAAGAGGUGUUCCGCUUUUAAUAAGAACCAUUGGAGGACUUUUAAAAGAUAAUAAAUCAGAAAGAUUUUGGUUGUCUUUUAAGAAUAAGGAACUUUAUCAAGUUUUGGGACGAGGACAAGAUGCUCUGAAAGAAAUACAAUUGUUUCUUGAGCUUAGUUAUAAAUAUCUCCCAUCGUCUAACUUGAAACAAUGUUUCCUAUAUUGUGCUUUGUUCCCCAAAGAUUAUCGAAUUAAAAAGGAUGAACUUAUAUUACUAUGGAGAGCACAAGGUUUCAUUCAACAAAAUGGCAACAACGACGACAAUAGUUCCCUCGUUGAUAUUGGUGAAGAUUAUUUCAUGGAGUUAUUAUCAAGGUCGUUUUUUCAAGAGGUUGAAAAAAAUGAUUUUGGAGAUAUAAUAACAUGUAAGAUGCAUGAUUUGAUGCACGAUCUUGCUUGUUCGAUAACAAAUAAUGAAUGUGUGCGUGGACUGAAGGGAAAUGUCAUCGACAAAAGAACUCAUCACCUUUCUUUUGAAAAAGUUAGUCAUGAAGAUCAACUUAUGGGAUCAUUAUCUAAGGCAACUCAUUUGAGGACACUUUUUAUUCAAGAUGUUUGUUCACGAUGUAACUUGGAAGAAACCUUCCACAAUAUUUUCCAAUUGCGAACAUUGCACUUAAAUUUGUAUAGUCCAACCAAAUUUGCAAAGACUUGGAAGUUUAUUAGUAAGUUGAAACAUUUGAGAUAUUUGCAUCUUAAAAAUUCGUUUUGUGUUACAUAUCUUCCAGAUUCCAUUUUAGAGUUGUAUAAUUUAGAAACAUUUAUCUUUCAAAGCUCUUUGUUAAAAAAGUUGCCUAGUAAUGUAGGAAACUUGAUCAACCUUAAGCAUUUGGAUCUUUCUUCUCAUUUAAAUUUAGAAUUCCUUCCCGAUUCUAUUACAAAAUUGUAUAAGUUGGAAGCACUUAUACUUCACGGUUGUUCCAAUUUAAAAGAAUUGCCCAAAUAUACUAAAAGGUUGAUCAACCUUAAGAGUCUUGUUUUGUACGGAUGUUCGGCUCUCACUCAUAUGCCAAAAGGAUUAAGUGAGAUGACUAAUCUUCAAACAUUGACUACAUUUGUAUUGGGAAAGAAUAUUGGUGGUGAGUUAAAGGAGUUGGAAGGACUUACUAAAUUAAGGGGAGGAUUAAGCAUUAAACAUUUGGAAUCUUGUACCAGCAUUGUUGAUCAACAAAUGAAGAGUAAGUUGUUGCAACUAAAGUCUGGUCUUCAAAAGUUGGAGUUACAAUGGAAGAAACCGAAAAUUGGUGAUGAUCAGUUGGAGGAUGUGAUGUACGAAAGUGUUUUAGAUUGCUUACAACCACAUUCAAAUCUUAAAGAGAUACGUAUUGAUGGAUAUGGUGGAGUAAAUUUAUGUAAUUGGGUAUCCUCUAAUAAGUCCCUUGGUUGUCUUGUCACUAUAUAUCUUUAUCGUUGUAAAAGAUUACGACAUCUCUUCAGAUUAGAUCAAUUUCCUAAUCUCAAGUAUCUUACGCUUCAAAACUUACCCAACAUCGAGUACAUGAUUGUAGACAAUGAUGAUUCAGUUUCUUCAUCAACAAUUUUUCCAUGCCUAAAGAAAUUUACUAUUUCAAAAAUGCCUAAGUUGGUGAGCUGGUGCAAGGAUUCAACCUCAACCAAAUCUCCUACAGUAAUAUUUCCUCACCUUUCUAGUUUAAUGAUUCGCGGUCCUUGCCGACUACAUAUGUUGAAGUAUUGGCAUGCACCUAAGUUGAAACUCUUGCAAAUUAGUGAUUCAGAGGAUGAGUUGAAUGUUGUACCAUUGAAAAUUUAUGAAAACCUCACCUCUCUAUUUCUUCACAAUUUGAGUAGAGUGGAGUACUUGCCCGAGUGUUGGCAACAUUAUAUGACAUCUCUACAACUUCUUUAUUUAAGCAAAUGUGAAAAUUUAAAGAGCUUACCGGGAUGGAUUGGCAACCUCACCUCACUCACAGGAUUGAAAAUUUCAACAUGUGACAAGUUAACUAUGCUACCUGAAGAAAUUGACAAUCUUACCUCACUUACAAAUUUGGAUAUUUCUUAUUGCAAAAACUUAGCUUUUCUACCAGAAGGGAUUCAACACAUCCAUAAUUUACGAUCGAUAGCAGUUAUUGGUUGUCCUAUAUUAGAAGAAUGGUGCAAGAAAAACAGACGAGAAGAUUGGCCUAAGAUCGAGUACUAUAUUUCCAGACUUAGUCAUUUAAUCAAGAAUUCAUUCAUUACUUCAUGAUUCAGGGGGAACAAAGAAAAAGAGAUUUAUGAAGGUUCUUGGUCAUCAACAUUUGGGAGAAACAAUAGAAUUUUCAGCAACAAAUCUCGCUUUGUAGUUUGGGAGAAUAUUUGUAGCCUCACAAGUUCUUGGUCAUCUAGAAACAAGAUUUUUUCUGAUCAUUUCCGCUCUGUAAUUGCUCUAAACUGUAGUGCAUGAUUUUACUUGAUUUAUUUCUCGCUGCUAUAUACUAUGAACUUAUCUCUAGUCCUCUUUUGAUCAUCUUGUAUCAUGUGCUUUUCAAUGAAUGAAUAUAUUUGAUAGGGAAUGAUAGGGUACUAAAAGGGUGUCCACCUAGUGGGGAUGCUUAAGUGCACCUAAUGAUCCAAGUCGUAUCAUUUCUAAAAA